AUGGCUUCUGAGGUCGAGACCCCAGGAAAGAGAACCAUGGCCACUGUGGUGGACUUUUUGGCGAACAAAGACCCAGGGCGAGUUAUCUGCAAAGUCUCAGAUAGCUCCCUUUCCUCUGACGGCUUUGUUAACUUCGAUGUCAAUGGACUUUCAAAAGCUACCAGGCAUAUGGCGAAUCUAAUUGACCAGAGAUUUGGCCAACAUGAUGACCAGGAGGUCAUCAUGUACCUCGGGAACAACGAUGCACGAUAUCUUGUGUUUAUAAUUUCUUGUCACAAGACAGGUCGGGUUCCUUUGCUGUCCUCAACCGGAAACUCCAUUGAGGCGCACGUGCAUCUCAUCAAUCAGACUGGAUGUUCAGGGAUUUUGUUUAGCCAGGAAUUGGCAGAACAGGCCCACAAGAUCAAGUCAACUGUAGGAGACUUGAAAUUACUCGAAGUGCCGACCCUUGGAAGGAUGUUAGAAGGCUCUCCUCCGGAAUGCUUCUUCCAGAAAACCUAUUCCCAGGUCGAAGAUGAAACUGCAGUUAUCAUUCAUAGCUCAGGAACAACGGGAAUGCCCAAGGCAAUUAAGCUGACACAUGGCUUUCUUGGCUGUAUGGAUGCCCAGUCACAUGUGCCUGUACCCCCUGGAAGGGAGUCUGCUGUGCCCGGUCGACUAGGUCGUGACGACCUCUUUUUUCCCACCACAUCACUGUCUCAUAUCAUGGGCAUAUUCGCGGAAACUUUGUCAGUGUUCAAUAGUACGCCUUUUGUUUGCUCAAGCCUGGUGAAUCCUCUUGAUGGUGCUCAGUUGGUGGAACUGAUCAAACGAUCGCAACCUAGCGUGGCAGUUCUCACGCCAACCCUGGUGGAAGAAGUAAGUAAGUCAGGCUCCUCUCUAGAGGCCCUUUCACACCUGAAAAUGGUCUACAUUGGUGGUGCAUCCUUAGCGCCUGAAGUUGGACGUGUCUUGAGCGAAAGGAUAAACCUUACUUCCGUCAUGGGUGCGAGUGAACUUGGCCUAGUGCUGUCACUUGUCCCUGAGGAUAAGAGCAACUGGGACUACUUCGAGUGGAACCCUAACUUUACACUUCGGAUGGAGCAAGUCGGCGAAGAUCUGUUUGAACUAGUGAUUCCUCGUGAAGCUACGCGUGAAUUACAUGGCAACACUCAUACCUUCCCGGACAUUUCUGAAUAUCACACCAAGGAUCUUUUCAGCCCUCACCCGUCAAGACCAAAUCUAUGGAAAUUCCAAGGCCGGUCCGAUGAAACCAUCUCCCUGAGCAACGGGCAAAAGUUGAAUCCCGUGCCAAUGGAGAAGAUAAUUGAAGGCCACCCGUUGACUUCACGCGCCAUGGUUUUCGGACAAGGAAAACCUCUUAUUGGUCUACUUGUCGAGCCUAAUUGGAACCACUGGGACCACGGAAAACCACUCUCAGAGCUCGUCGAUAUCCUUUGGUCUACAGUUGAGAAAGCAAAUAUUCUCGCUCCUUCUAAUGCUCAAAUUGGGCGGAUGAGGAUUGGAAUGGCGAAACCAGAGAAACCAUUCAGCACAACUCCCAAAGGCAGUACGCGACGCCUCAAGGUCCUCCAAGAGUACGAAGGCGAGAUUGAAUCAAUCUAUCAACAUGAUGACUACUGGACUGAGUUGUUUAAGAAUGGCUAA